AUGUCAGAGCUUCGGGGCAAGAUGGAGAAGCUGUUGCUGCAGUCCCACGGCGAGCUUCCCUUGGGCAGAGUGGAGGAGAAGCUGCGGAGGGUGGUGGACGGCGAGGUCCUCUCCAGCUUCGCGGUGAUUCCGAGGCCGCCGAUGGAGAGCCCUCCAAUGCCAUCGUUCGGCUGA